AUGGUCCGGACCUUCACCGCUCUGAUCCUCCUUGCCCUUUUCUCCUCCUUCAACUCCAACAUCUAUACCUUCGCCGUACCAUCUCCCGCGUCCGCACACCAGGCUCUAUCUCCCCUCCUUUCACGAACGCCAAAUUAUCCUUCAUCACAACACGCACUCCAACCAAGCGGUCCUCCAAACCCAGAGCAGAAACUCUGUGGCUUCCCUUUACUGUGGCUCUAUCCCUGCACAUGGACAUCCGACCCAUCUAUUUCCCAGCUUCAGAAAUUGGGUCCAGUCAUCUUCGCCAAAUACAUCAUCAAUAUCCCAGGGGCUUUAUUGGAUUCCUUCUUUACACCUCGUGCAAUAAUUGAGCGUCGUGAACACAGCAACAUCAACAAAUAUGGACGACGAGAAACGCGGAGCGUGGAGCAAGAAGAAGAUUGGAAUGACGAUCCAUCCGCUGAAGUCCUAUCGAAAGUGAAGGCUCUCGAAAGAGGAGGUCGCCCUGUCUUCAUCGGAGCCAUGGGUGCCCUUUCUGGUUCCUCUUCAUCUCUUCGAGUCCCUCGUCUCAUUCUGGGUCCUUAUGCAGUGCUAAAAGCUAUUUCGUCAAUCCCGAAGAGUCUCUCAGCCACGAUCCCAAAACACAUACCUCGCUUCAGUGUCGGGCUUACUCGCCGCACGUCAAACACAAAUCAACUGGACGACUUGGCCGGUCAGACAGCAGUUCCUGGCGACAAAGUUUCGAAGCAAUUUUAUUGUUGGUUUGCCGGAUUCCUCUACCCAUGUGACUGGGCUAUAAAGAUGCCAGAUCCAGAAUAUGAGAAGCAUUGCCAUAUAGAUGCAACUCCAAAACUUCCUGGGUUCCCCACAAAGACUUGCGAUUGGACGUUGAAGUCUGCUGCUCAUCUAUCCAAGACGAUCCCUAGGAUCUUCACACUUCCAGCGAUGUUUGUCAAGGCUGUCAAAGCAAUACCCCUCUCGCGCCCUACCACAAUAAAUAGAUACCAACAUCGGGCCCUCUUGGCACCGCUGGAGUUAGAUGGUUUGAACAGUAAAACAACUAUCCAAGAGCAGAAGACAUCCAAGGCACUCUGCUGGUGGUUCGUCUGGGGCUAUCACUGCAGCGGUAAGCCCGAAAAGUCUGACACCCCUACUUAUCAGCAAUGCCGAGCGGAUGAGCCUUCCAAGAGUGAACAUGAACAAACAUGGACUUGCUUCGAUGCGCCUUCUGCUGCUCAUGCAUCGAGAUCCGUCCCUAGGAUAUUCACUUUCCCAGUCAUGCUGCUGAGAGCCGUUCAUGCGAUUCCUGUAUCUCGUUCAACUCCAAAUCUUAUUUCGAGAUGGAAAAGGGUCGCCGUCCCGGCAGCGCCAGCUGAACUGGAAAAUCUGAAUGGGACUGCUGCCACUCAAGAGACAAAGGUAUCUAAAGAAUUGAAACAGUGUUGGGUAGGGAUCUUCUUGUGGCCAUGCUGGAAUUCUCCGCCGCCCCCGCCGCCACAGCCAAAAAAACAAUGCCAGAUGGAUAUGUAUACCGCACAUGUAACUUGCGUCGAAGUACCAAGUUCCGCAGCGCGCUCAACUUUGAUUGUCCCCCGACUGUUUUCCUUCCCAAUCUUAGCAGUCAAGAAAGUAUCCGCGACCUCUAAUGGCCUCAUCGCUAAGCUUCGAUCCUCGACGAAGUCCACGGGAGGAAAUGAUACCAUGGAAAAGCGCAAAAAGUGUAGCGACAAUGAACGCCACAAGCCCGGCUGUGAAAUCUCCUUCCAUUCGUCGUCUACAUCCCUCGCUCCACCUCGCAUCUUCAAACCUCCUUUCAUACUCUUAUCACUCUUACCCAAAACCACACUCGCAAGUCCCCUCAAAAAAUGCAGUGGAGCUGAACGCCAACAUCCUGAUUGCGAGCACUCGUUUCCCUCCUCAUCCACUAACCUGUCCCCGCCACGUAUCUUCAAACUACCUGUACUUGCCCUCUCUUCACUCCUCCAAGCUGCAAACGCAAUCCCAUUCCCACGACCAGCAGCAAUUACCAACUCAAUCGCGGAUCCAAAUUUCAACCUCGUGCGGAAAUCCGUUGGCGAGAUGAUGGAUGGGGUGGGUAUGUGGUUGGGAAGACGGCAAGGUGUGGAUCUGGCCAAGUAUGGUGUUGACUGGAACAAAGCCUCUUGUACGCGGGAGCAUUAUCUCUCGGAUGCGAUCAUGUGUAACAAGGAUCCAAAGGCGCCGCUCGACAGUGCAGGGAGUAGAGCUGGUGGAUGCAAGAUUGAGAUGGCUGCGUUAGGGGUUCUAGGUGUUGCGGUUGUGUUUGCGGGGUUCUUGUAA